AUGGACGGGCGGGACCCAGAUGAAUUCACGCCACUGUUGAUGCACAGGAUCGGCACAAUGCUCAUAAUCGGAAGGGUGGCAUCUCUCAGAAUGUCCUUGAGCCAGUCUGGCUUCCACUGGGACCCUGAACAUGGUGCGGACAUUGACAAGCACUUGGAAUGGGUCUGGCAGGAUUAUGUUAAGAAAAAUCCUGGAGCAGAGAAGUUCCGCAACAAGGGCUGGCCGUACUACGAGCUGAUGGUGCACAUCAUGCCAUCUACGGCCAAGGGCACCCACGGUUUCCAUCCGGCUACGGAGGAAACUGGCCCGACCUCUGACCAGCAGCAGCCCCCUGCCGCAAACAAGGAUCCUGAGCCUGCCGAAGAGGUUGGCCCAGACAAUCGUUCUGCAGUGCGCCUCAGAGCGAUUCCAAAGGCCUAA